UUGACAUGCCGUGACAUCGAGGUCGUCCAAUCAGAAGGCGAGACUCGUUCUGGGGGAGGGCCGUGGUGGAAACGCUGAGAAAGCGCCGGAGAGCUGGAGAACUUUCUCGAACUUUCUGCGACGGUUGAAAAGCGCGGAGCAGCGCGGAACUCACAGUCACAUCCAGGGAGAGAGAGAAAAGAGGCGCUCCGGAGGUAAACAAGGGAUAUCCGCCAAAAACGAGCCAGUUUGGGAUAAGGACGGCUGAAAGGCAGCAAAACAGUCGACGUCAGACAGUUUUGGACGCUCGGCGCGGUUGAAUUCUGCCUCAUUUUCGGCUUAACUCGGCGGUUAGGAACUUUCCGUAGAUGGUGAAGAUGGGGAAGGACUACUACAGCGUUCUGGGCAUCAGCAAGGGCGCGUCCGAAGACGAAAUCAAGAAAGCGUACCGCAAACAGGCUUUGAAAUACCACCCGGACAAGAACAAGUCUCCGGGAGCCGAGGAUAAGUUCAAGGAGAUCGCCGAGGCUUACGACGUCCUGAGCGACCCGAAGAAGAAGGACAUUUACGACAGAUUUGGAGAAGACGGACUGAAGGGCGGUUCUGGUGGUCCAAAUGGCCCUAGUGGUUUCACCUACUCAUUCCAGGGUGACCCUCAUGCCAUGUUCACGGAGUUUUUCGGCGGGCGGAAUCCGUUCGAGCACCUCUUCGGCCGCGGAGGCGUUGGCGACGAGGACAUGGACGUCGACGACCCGUUCGGCUUUGGCAUGGGUGGCUUGGGAGGCAUGGGAGGCAUGGGAGGCCCGCGGGCCUUCGGGAUGCGUGGCGGCCACGGCGGGAGACUGGAGAAGAAGCAAGACCCGCCUGUGACCCAUGACCUCAGGGUCAGCCUAGAGGAAGUGUUCAGCGGCUGCACCAAGAAAAUGAAGAUCUCUCGCAAGCGGCUGAACCCGGACGGCAGAACGACGCGGCCCGAGGACAAGAUCCUCACGGUGGAGGUGAAGAAAGGCUGGAAGGAGGGCACCAAGAUCACCUUCCCUAAAGAGGGCGACGAAACACCAACUAACAUCCCAGCCGACGUUGUGUUUGUGGUGAAGGACAAGCCACACCCGGUGUUCAGACGGGACGGGUCCGACAUCGUCUACCCAGCCAAGGUGACUCUCAAGGAGGCUCUCUGCGGCUGCACAGUCAAAGCUCCUACGCUGGACGGCCGUUCCAUCUCCGUGACCGUGCAAGAUAUCAUCCGACCUGGCACGAAGAGGCGCAUCACCGGCGAGGGACUCCCUUUACCCAAAAGCCCAGAUCGCCGUGGCGACCUGGUCGUUGACUUUGAAGUCAAAUUCCCCGAGAGGUUAAGCCAGGACGCCAAGGACACCAUCGCUAGAGUCCUGCCUGCGUAUUGAACACUUUUCUAGCCCGUUCUGCCACAGUCGUCGCCAUGGUUGUGGAGAGCAAGCGCGUCGUCACGGUCGCCUCAGGUCCCGCUCUCCUGUCUAACCCUCCGGAGGACGAAGCUCCAUAAUGCUGCACUGUAAAGCCAGCUGGACUGUAAAAGCCAGUGGCUGCUGCAAAGUCUCUACGUACAGAGACUCUAAGAGACUGUACUGAAUACCGAAAUCUUUCCUGCUGUACUUCCUUCUCUUCGGACGUUCGCAUGAGCUCGGCAUCAAAAAAAUACUCCAUCAAAGCUGCCAUCCAAAUGUAUAGCAGGCACACCUGUUCGUGCUGCUGAUAUCAAGUGGCCGAUGGAAGAUUUUCGCGGUUCACGUGGAACCAUGAAGGUCGUUUAUUUCUUUCCCUUCAAAGAAAUGGGCUCUUUCUCAUAUGCAUUGUUGGAAUAUGUAUAUUUUGUGGUUUUGUUGGCUUUUGUUUACUUUCUGUACUAUUGUGAAUAUACUCUUCCCAGAUGUCUGCAUGUCAUUGUGCACAGGCAACAGUGAUGUACUGGAAUAAACCUUGGUUAUUGUAGUUUUA